CGUCUACGGAGUACAUCUAUGCAGUUGACGAUCAUCAGCCGCCAUCCCUUCCACGAAACUUGCAUUCGUCACACCAUACACCACGAAACGACUAAUCCAACCUUCAUGUCCUCGUCCGUCGUUCUCCUCUCCAUACCCUAACCAGAUUGCGUUUCACAUCCCUGCCAUGACUCGAAUUAGUGAGUGGCGCAAACUCCCCAUCUCAUUGAACGACCUCUGCCUUGCGACCACUUUGCGGUGCGGGCAGUCAUUUCGAUGGCGGCAAUGUGAAGACAAAUCUUGGGCCUGCACAUUACGAGGACGGAUUGUCCAACUAUCUCAAGACUCAGCCCAGGUUAAAUACCGAUCCAUUUGGCCAUCUUCUCUGGAUGCCCCUCCCACACCUCCAUCCUCCGCCCCUUCGACCAUCUCAGACCAACAGGACGAGAAGACCUUGAUUCAAGAUGGUCAUGACGACACCGGUGACCUCCUGCGACAUUACCUGAACCUCGAGCCGGAUCUGUCAAGUCUCUACGCCCAAUGGUCAGCGGCCGAUGCUAACUUUAAGAAAAAAGCCCCCAAGUUCACUGGCGUGCGCAUCCUUCGCCAGGACGCAUGGGAAGCCCUAAUCGGUUUCAUCUGCAGUAGCAACAACAACAUUAUACGCAUAUCGCAGAUGGUGGACAAAUUGUGCACGCACUAUGGGAGAUAUAUUGCCACGCUUGAGGGGCGCGCAUACCACGACUUCCCAGAACCCAUGGCUUUGACAGGGGACAAGGUCGAAGGCCAUCUCAGGGAAUUGGGCUUUGGCUAUCGGGCUAAGUACAUUUCACGUACCGCCCGGAUGGUGGCGCAGGAGCGGGAGGCUGGGUGGCUGGACGGACUGCGCAACCCAGAGAGUCCCAUCUACGGUGGGAAAGCGGCAUACGCGGGCGAGAUGAAACCCGAAGGCAGGGACGGAUAUCGCAUGGCGGUUGAAAAAUUAUUAGAUUUGCAGGGCGUGGGGCCCAAGGUCGCCGACUGCGUGGCUCUGAUGGGCCUGGGCUGGGGGGAGUCAGUCCCCGUCGACACUCAUGUCUGGCAGAUCGCUCAACGGGACUACAAGUUUGGCAAAGGCAAGCAUUCUAGUUUGACCAAAGCCACGUACGACGCUGUCGCCAACCACUUCCGCAAACUAUGGGGUAAGGAGGCUGGGUGGGCACACAGUGUGCUCUUUACGGCCGACUUGAAGACCUUUGCUGAGAGGUUAACAACCAAAAUUGAGACAGAGGAUAAUGGAGUGGUGAAAAAGGAGGACGGCGAGGAAAAUUCAAAAGACAUCAAGACUGUGACAGUCCAGCGAGCAGCUAUUAAAAGAGAGGCAGAGACUGAGGACAAACAUGACUUGAAGUCGAUUGUGCAGGUGGAAGAGGUUUCUGUCAGGAAUAAACGGACGCGACGAAGAUGACACUCAAAUCAUUGUGAAUGGCAUACAUGGCAGGUGCUAGCAUUCGAGACCAGCUAGGAAUGUCAAUGAUACGAG